AUGGAGCGGAUGGAGUCGAUGGAGCCCAUUUCGGCUUACUAUACCACGGCUUACCCAGAGAUCCAACCCGACAGCGGCUAUGGAUCCAGAGAGACCACCGAGAACGCAGCCAAGACCCCACCACCUCCGGCAUAUGAUGAGGAAUUGGUACACAAGACAAUCCUGGUUGGGGACAGUGGUGUUGGGAAGACAUCCCUGCUGGUGCAGUUUGACCAGGGAAAGUUUAUCCCUGGCUCCUUCUCUGCUACAGUUGGUAUUGGAUUCACGAAUAAAGUGGUGACUGUCGACGACGUAAAGGUCAAACUACAGAUUUGGGACACGGCGGGACAGGAACGGUUCAGGAGUGUAACACAUGCUUAUUACAGAGAUGCACACGCUUUACUGCUUUUGUAUGACAUCACCAGCAAAUCAUCCUUCGACAACAUUAGGGCGUGGUUAACAGAGAUUCAUGAGUAUGCACAGAGUGAUGUUGUCAUCAUGUUGCUGGGCAACAAGUCUGACAUGAGCAGCGAUCGAGCGAUUAGGAGAGAUGAAGGAGAGCGACUGGCCAGAGAAUAUUCAGUUCCUUUCAUGGAAACGAGUGCCAAAACGGGAGUCAAUGUUGAGCUGGCCUUCAUAGCUGUUGCUAAGGAAUUAAAGCACCGGGCUGUCAAACACCCCAACGCGCCCAAGUUCCAGAUCCAUGAAUAUAUUGAGUCACAGAAGGAG